CAUUUUUGUGUAUUUUCUCUUGAUUAUCUCCUUUCCAUGAUCCUCUUCAUGUGUAAUGCAGAUAUGGGUUCCUACAAAUCCUCGAGGUGCUGAAAGGCUAGCCCCAGGUAUAGUUACAUCCGAGUCUGAUCUGUACCUUCGCAGAUUGUAUGGUAGACCCAUUGAGGACUUGACUAUCAAACAAAGGUACCUUGUAACGUUUACAGUUGGUUAUGAGCAGAAGGACAACAUUGAUAAAGCAGUGAAGAAGUUCUCAGAAAACUUCUCCAUUAUGCUGUUUCAUUACGAUGGUCGGACAACUGAAUGGAAUGAAUUUGAAUGGUCAACGAGGGCUAUUCAUGUCAGUGUUCCCAAACAAACUAAGUGGUGGUAUGCAAAACGAUUUUUGCAUCCUGAUAUACUGGCACCUUAUGACUAUAUAUUCAUCUGGGAUGAGGAUCUUGGAUUGGAGGAAUUUGAUGCUGAAAGGUACAUAAGCUUGGUUAAGAAGCAUGGUUUAGAAAUUUCCCAACCGGGUUUAUCAGCAAAUAGCAGAGUAACAUGGCAAAUGACAAGGAAACGAAAUGAUAGCGAAGUGCACAAAGAAGCUAAGGAAAGAGAUGGGUGGUGCGCUGAUCCACAUCUACCACCAUGUGCAGCAUUUAUUGAGAUAAUGGCUCCUGUUUUCUCCCGAAAAGCUUGGCGUUGUGUUUGGUAUCUUAUCCAGAACGACUUGGUCCAUGGAUGGGGUCUUGAUUUUGCUCUUAGAAGAUGCGUCGAGCCUGCGAACGAGAAAAUCGGAGUUGUAGAUGCACAGUGGGUUGUUCAUCAAACCAUUCCUUCACUUGGGAACCAAGGGAAGGCGGAGAGUGGAAAGGCAGCAUGGGAAGGGGUGAGGGAGAGAUGCAUGAAAGAAUUUACAACAUUUAAUAUGCGGAUGUCCUUAGCAGAAGCAGCACACCUGAAGGCCAAUUGAAUGCAUCAAAUUUGAUCUGCAAGCAGUUCGGGGAGUUGUAUUUGUUCUAAAUCUAUUUGUAUCUAAGUUCAAAUCGAGGUUACAGGUUUAUCUCAGAAAUACUAGUAUCUGUAUCGUAUGCCACAAAGCAAUCAUUUUGCUUAAUGUAAAGUUGCAGAUCAUUUGAUUCAAGCU